AUGAAGGUCUGCAUCUUGGUCCUCCUUGCCGUCCUGGCUGUCGUCGUGGCUGCUGAAGAGUAGGUUUCAACUUUGACGGUUGUCAUUUAACCACCUUUUCUUCCCCAUCUAGUGAGGUAGGUUUGCAUACGUUCAGGGCUGAUGAAGGCACGGUCGGGUUUGUCUGCAUAUGAAUGGAAUUCUUAUCAGGUUUUCGUGGGCGUUUUAACUGACAACUGUCCUUUGUGUCACUUUGUCUCUUUAUCGCACAUUAGAAACCCUCUGAAAACCUCAGGGUACGGCUGAUGAAGAGAAUCCUCGGUGUGCAGAGGUUCUUUAAGGAGGAUCCUCUUGGCAAGAAGAUUGUGGAGCAACUGGAGGACCUACUGUCAAUAAUGGGACAAGGUGAGUGCACUGAGUUAUUUAUUUUGGUGAUCAGAUGCCCAUGUUUAAGAAAAAGUGCGCAUUUUUAUGCAUCUUAUUUUUUCAUAAUUGCAGCGAGACAACGCCUCCGUCACCGUUUGGCCAAUUACUUGAAGAAUCUGGAAGAAUAG